GGCGGUCUUUCCACUUGUUUAGAAAUCCAAAUACUAGAAAUGAACCAUUGACGCAAUGAUGAGAUGCAGUUGCAAUAUAUGAAGACUGAAGGAAGAAAUUCAAGUGCAAAUUAUAGUCUGUCAGAUCAUUCGCGAUCCUUUAACGCUUCUUCGUAUCGUGAAGAUAUUUCUUCUACUGGGUAUUUCUGAUCCUAUCUGGAAGCACCAAAUUAACGACUUUUAGGAAAGGAGAAAUCGGACCUGAUCAGGCCAGGUAUGGAUAUAGUCAGGAGACAACGAGAUAUCAUGGCAGAAGUGGAAAACUUGGCCUCAGAAAAGUCGGCGCUCGAGUCCCUUGUCGCUGAGACGACAACCCAGUUAGUAGAGACAUCUGAGAAGCUGCAGGAAGUACGCUUAGCUCUCGACGUUGCUGAGAAAGAGAAAUCGGAGAUGCAGAAGCAGAAAGAUGAUGUUGUCCAAGCACUUGCUCAGAUGCUGCGAGAGAAGUUGGAGAUGCAGGAACAGAGGGAUGAUGCCAUCAAGGAGAUGGAGGAGCUGCGCAGAGACCAGGCUGCAGGAACAAUGCGGUUCUCUCAGGCAGAGUUGGAAGAGGCCACCAACAACUUCGACAGGAACCUUAUUGUAGGGAAAGGAGGAGUCGGAACCGUGUAUAAGGCGCGACUCCAUCACACGGCAGUUGCCAUCAAGCGGCUGAAUGUUGAUCGCUUGCCUUGCGGGCAUGAAAUGGAUUGGGAGGUGGGCAUGUUAUGCAGAAUGAGGCAUCCACACUUCGUCACCCUCCUCGGCUGUUGCAGUGAUUUGCGUGCUUUCAUAUUCGAAUAUCUCGAGAAUGGAAAUUUGGACUACCAAAUGGAUGCAUCCCCAUCACUGACAUGGCAAUCCCGCAUAAGAAUAGCUGCAGAAAUAUGUGAUGGCCUCCUCUUUCUCCACUCCUUUGACGUGGCGCACACCAACUUGAAGCCCAGCAAUAUCCUUCUCGAUCCUAAUUUGGUCGCCAAGAUUGAUUUAGGAUUCUGUUCUCCCUGCAACAAUUCAGAUCCAGGUGAUUGGGACCCAAUGGGUAGCUGGGCCUACAUUGACCCUGAGACCCAUUUAGGUGCUCCUCACGAAUGCAAGUCUGAUGUAUACUCAUUUGGAGUCAUCCUCCUACAGCUGCUUACCGGUCGCCCAGCACUACUGAUAGCAGACGACAUUCAGCAUGAGGUGAAUAGAGGAAAAUUGGAGGAAGUAUUGGAUCAAAGAGCUGGACAGUGGCCAUUUGAGCAGGCACUAAGAUUAGCUAAUCUGGCAUUGAGAUGCUGCUGCGAGAGCUCACGACUGCGUCCUGACUUGGAGUCUGACAUCUGGCCGGUUCUAAAUGCAAUGAGAAUGAGGUUCUCAGAAUCUUCGGCAGCAAAUAACGCACCAGAGGCGUCUAGGCAACCUCCUCACCACUUCUUGUGCCCUAUCACGCAGGACAUAAUGAACGACCCACACAUGGCAGCUGAUGGCUACACCUAUGAGAAAGAAGCAAUAGAAGUAUGGCUGAAUAGUGGGCAUAACACUUCUCCCAUGACCAAUCUGCCGCUCAGCCAUUCCAACCUCACACCAAAUCUUGCUCUUAGGUCUGCAAUCCGUCAAUGGCUUGACAGAGUGUGAAGAAGACUGGGCAACUAUGGUAUUGCUUUGUCAUGUUGUUGGAUAUGGCGCCUUCACCUUGUCCUCUCUUCUC